UUUACUAUGCGUAACUUCUUAUGUCUGUUUACGAAUCAGGUAUUUUACAUUGUGUCAUGGUUUCCGGACAAUUACGUUUUUAACUAUGGAGGAUAUUAUGAAGCAAAUGCAUGUUGAGGAGAUCAACAUGGAUAAACAAGAUGAAAACGUAAAAGAACAAAAAAGGAAAAUAAGAAAACUACAAACUGUUCUUAAGUUUGCGGGCAGAAACGUUAAUGAUAAAGGAUCGUCUGCAAAGGUGGAAGAAAAAAUUCUAUCGAAGUCCAUGUUAAAGCUGUCAAAGAAUGUAAAAGAUGUGAGCAACAUCACUGAGGUGGAAUGUGAGAUGAUUGACAGAAGGUUCAUGGAAGGUCAUGUGCCUCGUGUUCGACAGGGUGAUGAAGAAUCAGAUUCUGAGAGUGAGGAAGAAGAAGAGGAAGAUCAUGUUAAGGAAUUUCCGGAAGAUUCAAAGUUAUCAGUUUAUGACAGGAUUAGCAAAGUACAGCAUGAGAUAACACGCAAAGUGAAAGUAAUGGUCAAAACAUUUGCUUCCAAAUAUGCAAGAUCUUUCCUAAAACGGCUUAUACCUGUGCAACAACUUUCUACACUGGCUAGCUUUGUAUUAUUCUCUUAUAUCAUGAAUGCAACAUUUCUUAUGACCUUUAUCCCGGUGGUUAUAUUUUAUUUGUCAUUUUCCGCAUUGGUUUUGGCCACAGUUCGUCUGUUUAAAGGUGAUAAACGUUUCAGAGAAUUUACAGCCUGGUCAGCCAUGCUUGUGGACAUUAAAUCAAAUGAAGAAAGAGAAAAUGCAGAAAAUAAUUACAUUCAAAACCAUUUGUCUCCCCUUGCAUCUUUAUUGCCAGCUGUUGCACUUAUAGUUAUGUCUCAUGCUGUCACUCCUCAGGCGUUUAUUGCUUAUCCAGAGUUGUCCUUAAUCUCACUCUGCUGUCUGGCAGCUUGUUGCAAAAGUUUCUGCAAUACAGUCAUAUCAACUACUUUUAUACUACAGUUGUGUGCAACUGCAUUUGAACUACUUCUUCCUUUAAAACUUGCCACUUUUCCUGUAAUAUUUUUUCAAACAAGUGCUAUGGUUUCAGUCAGCAUUUCUUCCAUAUUUAGACUAGCAGCAUUCUGUGUUCUGCUUUCUGUGCCAUUUCAGAAAAAGUACAGAAAUUUGUUAUGUGGCUGUUUCCUUGGUUUUGUGCCACAGUUGUUUCUUAUGAUCUGGUGGGAGCUGUUGAUUUUAUUCUUAAAGGAAAGCUCCAUGCAAGGAUUGUUUCGUGCUUUGCUUGAAGCAUUUGCCAUAAGUUUUUCAAUACAUGCUUUCAUUAUUGUGUUAAUUUUAUUCUUUCUCAGUUCACUUGCCACUUUGCACUUUGUACAGGUUUUGAUUACUCUUCUUCUUCUUCUUCUGCCACUCUUGUAUGUUAAACUAUCUCAAAAAUGGGAAGACCUUUAUGUGAAAAUUCCAUUUUCUCACAUCACACCAUCCCAGAAGAUACUAGCCACUGUUUUAUCAUCAGUAGUUAUUAUACUUGUACUUCUCCUUUACCAACCAGCAGGUCUUUCUGUCACAAACUCCAACCUGAAGUUUGAAGAUUAUCGUAAAGUAUGCAUUGACCAACAAUUUUCCAACCAAGCAAUUGUACAACGUGCGUGUCACCACCUUGAUGGUCAUUACAUCAAUUGGAAAGGAAAUGUGACAAAUAUUCGAAUUCGUUCAAUUGACAAUAAGUUUGAAGGUGCAUUGAGUGUUUUCCCUGGUGCUAUUGCAAAUUGGUUAAGUUGUGUUUACGGAGAUAAUUAUUCAACUGAUGAUCAUUGCUCAAACAAGUCGUGUGACCUUAAAUCAUUAUCUCAACAUCGCUGCCACUUAGAAAGAUACAACAGCUACACUUUUGAUUUGACUGUGUCAAUAAAUGACACUGAUAUCAAGCUUACUGCUGGUAAUACAAUGAAGAAUUUCAUCUUUUCUUUGCAACCUUUUGUGGAAAUCAACUUCAAGGGAUUAUUGGAUUCUGACCACAAUCAAGUUACUUUGACAUUUGUUAGGAUAGAAAGUGACAAAGAUGUUAAAAGUCAAGUUGCAGUUGUGGCAAGACAUCAAGUUGCUGAACUUCUUAUGCAUGCUGUUUAUUCUUUGUUUCAAUUUGCAUUUGGUCCCACUGUUGAGAUUUUGGGUGCAACUUUGUAAAUUUUCUAUGCAACUUCUUGCAUUUAAACACAAUUUCUAUUUAGCACUUAACACACUAACACUUAACUGUAAGAUUUGACUUACUAUUGCACAUAUUUAUCUGUAUAUUGCACUUCUGUAAAUACCUUAAUCCUAAAUACUAUACCUGUGUAAGAUUUAUCUUUUUAAAAUCCAUAUUUUAUUAUGUCUAUGUUAAAAUUUUAUAGUAGGAUGUAUUGUUUUUAAUCAUACUGAGAGACUUUUUUUGUGAUUAUACAGAAAGCAGCCUAUCAAUAAAUUCCUUCAAAUGUA